AAAACUAGUGAACGAGAGGUUUUGCAGCAGUUAGUUAGUCUUCUCUCUGACAACAUGUGUACUGGAAAAUGCUCCUAUUGCAUUGCUGUUAGUCUGUACCCGUUAGUGCUCAUCUCCAUCAUCUGUAACAUUGUGUUGUUCUUUCCUGGUGGGGACGUCAAGUACGCCAAAGAUGGACAUAUUACCGAGGAGGUGAAAUACAUGGGGGGACUCGUUGGAGGUGGUUUAAUGGUGGUGAUCUCAGGAAUUUACAUCCAAACGACUGGAGGACAGGGGUGCUGCGGGAAUCGCUUUGGGAUGUUCUUAUCGAUCAUAUUGGCUGCAGUGGGUGUGACUGGUGGCUUGUACAGUUUUAUUGUGGCUGUGCUUGGUCUGAGCAAUGGGCCGCUCUGCAAAGUCAAAGGGACAUGGACAACACCUUUUAAAGACAGUAAUUUGACCUACCUGACUAACCACAAGUCCUGGCAAGAAUGCUCUGAGCCCAAGAACGUGGUGCAGUUCAACAUCGGACUGUUCACUACUCUGUUGGCAACCAGCAUUGUGCAGAUGUUGCUCUGCGCCAUUCAGAUGAUCAACGGCUUCUUUGGCUGCUUGUUGGGAACCUGCAACAAAAAAGAGCAAUCAUAAGUUCCUGGUCAGAAGGCUUCUGCUCAUUUGUACCACUUCUGAAGAGCUGACUGGCUCUCCCAGCUGGAGGCUAAGAGUAGUGAUCCUGGCUGCGUCUGAAUAAUAUUAUCUCUUUGAAAUUGUUGCUGUGUUUGGUAACAGAUUUAGAAAUUUUCCUUGUAGUGUAUUUCAUGAUGCUUCACGCCGCAGUGUGUUAGGGUACGUUGUGAUAAGUAUUAAAAAUAAUUCAUGCUAAUCGUACAUUGAAUUUUAAACAAACCGGUUUAAAAUAAAA